UAAUGACUUGUGCUACUUCUCACCUACGAAUGUAAAAAAAGUUCAAUACAUAUACCUACCUACUUUACUGUAUCUUUACUAUGUGUCCCUCUAUAUAUACAUCCAUUCCAAUUCCAUACCCUUGUUCUCUCAAGAAAUAAACCCACAAUCUGAAGAGAAACAAUGUCAAGAGCAGGCUCAUCGAGAUGGAGUCCAACCCCAGAACAACUGAUGAUUUUGGAGGAACUGUAUAGGAGUGGGAUUAGAACUCCUAGUGCUUCCCAAAUCCAACACAUAACAGCUCACCUUUGUUUCUAUGGUAGGAUUGAAGGAAAGAAUGUGUUCUAUUGGUUUCAGAAUCACAAGGCUAGGGAUAGACAGAAGCUCAGGAGGAAACUAAGCAAGCAGCUUCAACUACAACAACUUCAACAUCAAGAACAACAACAACAUCAUCAGAUGCUAGUCCAUCAAUGCCAAGUGUUUAAUCAGGAUAAGACUCAUCACUGGUUUUUUGGUGGCUUUGAUUCUUCUACUGGUUCUUCUGUGCAACCAGUUUCUCUUUGUAACCCAGCUAUCUUACUUUCUCAGGGACAAACAGGAGAGACAUCAUCAGAGACAUGGAAGACUGCGCAGAGCCAACAAGGUGAGGUGGAUAAAACAAAGACGUCAUCACUUUACAACUAUGGUAUGAGUUGUUGGAAUGUUGUGGAUUUUAAUGAAGCAUCCUCAUGUUGCACAAGCCGGCCUCUCAGGACUCUUGACCUCUUUCCAACUACAUCCACCCAACUCAAAGAAGACCCCUUAAACCCCAAACUCUGA